GCUUUCCAUUGAUCACCGGUCGCGUCUAUAUCACGAUAGAGAAUAAAAUCGCGAUUUAUUCUCCGCAUCGCCUAUUCGAUACAGCGAUAACAUGGCGGGAGUUAUAAGGUCAGCUAAGGACCUUUGGGUGCUUAUUUCUGGAACAUCUUUAUUAAAGUCUAAGGAAUAUGUUGGAACUGAACUUGAGGAUAACAUUGAAAGAAUCAAGUAUGGUGGUUUAUUUUAUAAAAAGCCAAAUUCAGCUUCUUUAGAAAAAUUAAAAAGUCAGAAUAUUCAAGGAACUCAGUUAGAAUUUAUCCAGAAAUUAAGUAAAGUUUUGCAAAUUGAUGAACUUCAAUGCUAUGAAUUGUUUUGUUCUUAUUUACUGUAUGAGUACAAAGGCACCCAAAAUAAUAUCAAGGUGAUUUUUAGCAGUGAACGACAUUUACAAUCGUUGCUUUUAGAGAUAUGGAAUUUUUAUUACAACGAAAGAUUGUACAUUCUUUUAUGUUUAAAACACAUUUUAUGCUACUGCCAAGAUAGCUCUCAUAUUUAUAAGGAGUUAUAUAGUGGAUUUUUAGAAACAAUUAACAGCGACAAUAGUCUUGGUGCAAAGAUAAUGGAUCAGUUUGAAGAACUUUUAACUGUAGAGCCUCCUAAUAAAGAUUUGCAUGGGCAAAUAGUGAAUGAGCAUUUAUUAUAUCAGUGGGCAGCUUUAAAUAUUAGGGAACAGAUAAUGGAUCAGUUUGAAGAACUUUUAACUGUAGAGCCUCCUAAUAAAGAUUUGCAUGGGCAAAUAGUGAAUGAGCAUUUAUUAUAUCAGUGGGCAGCUUUAAAUAUUAGGGAACAGAGUGAAUUGCUACAGAUUUUAUUACUAUAUUAUAAAGAUGCAUCUCCAAAAUCAGAAGAUAUUUUAAAGCUGUUUUCUUUAUUUCAAAAACACAGUUUUGGAAUGAGGCAGACUUACAGACAGUAUUUAGGAGAAGGAAUGAAAGGACAAAUCGAUGUAAUUGGAUAUUUAGAAGCUCUUGUAUUUUUAGAAAUGUUGGAAUUGGAAUGGUUAUUCCAAUGUGAAGCAGAAGGAACAAUUAAUAAUUUUUCAUUUAUAAAGACUGAAAAUUUUAAUAAGUUAGAUGAAGUCAUAUGUAGCUUUGGAAAUCAUCCUCAUCAGGGACCAAUUAUUCUAGCAUGGUUAUUAGUCAGACAAUGUUCUGGAAGGAAAUGUAAGACAAAACAUCUUGGAAAUGCAGCACUUCAGUUAAAUGUAUUUGAAUAUUUGACAACAUUGUUGAGUAGUCCUAUUUUAAGAGGAGAUGGAGUGAUAUCUAAUCUUGCCCACAGCAUCAUAUAUACUUUGCUUUCUGGAUUAUUAUCUCAUUUUGAAAUUAACACAUUAGGAAAAAUUCAGCAUUUAUGCCAGUUAGCUGAAUCUAUGUUAAAAUAUUCAAACAUAGCAGAUGAUUUUUGGAAAAAAGGACUUGAUAGUGGGCUUGGAAUUUUAAUGACUGCUGUAAUGGAUAUGUUUCCUUUAGAAUUUAAUCUGUUGAUCAAAUUGUGUACUGCUCUUAGUCAAGCUGGAGAAAACAGUAGUAGAAAGGUUAUUCAGUUUUUUGAAAAACUACCGGGAUACACAGAAUAUUUGGAAAAUAAUAUGGAGUCAGUAGUUCCAAGAACGUCAUCCUGGAUACUUUUAGAAGAUAAGAAACCAUAUGGUACAGAUGCCUUUAUUAUUCCUUCACAAACAGAAGGAAUCAUGUUAACAAAUAUUCCAAAUAUUGCUUCCAUGAAAAAAGUAAAUUUUGCUUAUAGAAACUAUCCAUUUGCUGCUGUGGAUGUUGAAAUAGUGGACAGAUUAAUGAAUGAUUUGUAUAUGAUAAAACAUGUGAUAUCUAAUCUUGCCCACAGCAUCAUAUAUACUUUGCUUUCUGGAUUAUUAUCUCAUUUUGAAAUUAACACAUUAGGAAAAAUUCAGCAUUUAUGCCAGUUAGCUGAAUCUAUGUUAAAAUAUUCAAACAUAGCAGAUGAUUUUUGGAAAAAAGGACUUGAUAGUGGGCUUGGAAUUUUAAUGACUGCUGUAAUGGAUAUGUUUCCUUUAGAAUUUAAUCUGUUGAUCAAAUUGUGUACUGCUCUUAGUCAAGCUGGAGAAAACAGUAGUAGAAAGGUUAUUCAGUUUUUUGAAAAACUACCGGGAUACACAGAAUAUUUGGAAAAUAAUAUGGAGUCAGUAGUUCCAAGAACGUCAUCCUGGAUACUUUUAGAAGAUAAGAAACCAUAUGGUACAGUUGUUCGAUGGAUGACUACCAUAAAUGGUUGGCAGAUCUGCUUAUGCGAAAUACAUACAAAGCUACAAGAAGUAUCUCUCGGAGCAGGCUAUGUCAUGCAACAAUCGAUACAACGUAUUGUGGAUAUUGCAGAGCUCACUUUUUCUAUCUUAGAAUCUGAUCCCUCUUCUCGAUUUCAAUUAGUUCACAUUACCAAUGAAUUUUAUGUCGUUUUAUUAAGAUAUUCUGUAUUACCUAAUCCUUCAAUUGAUUUGCUGACAAGAUGUUUAAAUAUAAUAAGAAAUUUAGCAAAGAGCAACCCAGAAGAAACUUUGCAGAGAUGUUUAUCUAUUAAUUUCUUACCCUACAUGGUUGAAACAUCGCAAAACAUUCCUAAACUGGCAAGUGGUCUAUAUAUGAACAACAAUAUUUUGGGACAACUGAUUGUUGCUGUAGAAUGUGUUACGGGACAAUAUUCACUACUGUUGGCUUUCUUGAAAUUAUUUAAUGAAGUAGCAAAGGUUAUUCAGUUUUUUGAAAAACUACCGGGAUACACAGAAUAUUUGGAAAAUAAUAUGGAGUCAGUAGUUCCAAGAACGUCAUCCUGGAUACUUUUAGAAGAUAAGAAACCAUAUGGUACAGAUGCCUUUAUUAUUCCUUCACAAACAGAAGGAAUCAUGUUAACAAAUAUUCCAAAUAUUGAGAAGAAAGGUUAUUCAGUUGUUCGAUGGAUGACUACCAUAAAUGGUUGGCAGAUCUGCUUAUGCGAAAUACAUACAAAGCUACAAGAAGUAUCUCUCGGAGCAGGCUAUGUCAUGCAACAAUCGAUACAACGUAUUGUGGAUAUUGCAGAGCUCACUUUUUCUAUCUUAGAAUCUGAUCCCUCUUCUCGAUUUCAAUUAGUUCACAUUACCAAUGAAUUUUAUGUCGUUUUAUUAAGAUAUUCUGUAUUACCUAAUCCUUCAAUUGAUUUGCUGACAAGAUGUUUAAAUAUAAUAAGAAAUUUAGCAAAGAGCAACCCAGAAGAAACUUUGCAGAGAUGUUUAUCUAUUAAUUUCUUACCCUACAUGGUUGAAACAUCGCAAAACAUUCCUAAACUGGCAAGUGGUCUAUAUAUGAACAACAAUAUUUUGGGACAACUGAUUGUUGCUGUAGAAUGUGUUACGGGACAAUAUUCACUACUGUUGGCUUUCUUGAAAUUAUUUAAUGAAGUAGCAAAGUCUUAUCAAAAGUACAGUGAGGAAGAAAAUGUAUUUUUAGGUUGUUUAGUGUUUAUUUUGCAAGACAUAUUUCCAUCAUUUCAUAAAUGGCGUUAUGUUAAACAUGGUGUUAAAGAAAAAAUAGGACAGUUAUGUUUAGAUAGUUUUUAUAAAAUUCUACUUAUUAAAAAGAAUGAAAAAGAGAAAAAAACAAGAAUCCAAGCUGUAUGUGUUUAUAGUUUACUGCAUUUAGCACCUAGUCAGGCAUUACUUCGUAUUGUGUGUACAGGCGAAGCUACUGUACAACAAGCAAUUCAAGCACAUGUUUCAGGUGGUGUAGGACAAGAACUGAUCAUUCUGGUUCACUAUUCGCUAUCAGUUUUGAACACACUGUUAUUUAUGAAGUACAAAUAUGCUGAAAAUGAAAAUGAAUUAACUGGUAUUUCUCCUUUGGAACAUGUGUUAUUUUCUCAGACACACCACUACACAAAACCGCACGUAGCUCUAAUUGUUGCAUAUUAUGCCUUUCAACAUUACAGUCCUUGUUUGGCUACUUUAGCAGUGCAAUUAUUAAAGAGAUUUGCUAAGGAGUUUCCAAUGUCGUUGCUGGCUUGUUUGGGAACAGAAGCUGAAGCUAUAUGUGAUCAUUAUCUCUUGCGGCUUAGUUCUGCCACUGAAGACAUACGACUCAAGAUUGCUAUAAUAGAAUUUUUGACUGUUUGCAUUAGUCAUCAGCCAGGUCUGAUUGAAAGAUUUAUAAAUAUUCCAGUAACCACAGAUAAAUCGGACAAGGAAAGAAAUUUAAACAGCUGUUUACAUUCUGUUCUGGAAAUUUUAAAAGACAAACAAGAGAAACUUGUAUAUGUUCCCGAAGAUCUACAUUGUGCUGCUGUUGAAUUUUUCCAUGCUUUAUGGACAAGGCAUCAACUAUUAGCAGAAGAUAAAUUAAAGAAAAAUGACAAUUUUUGGACAUUUCUGUGUAAUCCACUCUUCCAUGAGCAUAAGCAUCCUCGUCUCAUAGCUUAUAUCAUCCGUACUUUAGCAUUAGAAGUUUACAAUACAUAUACGUUUGCUGAUAGUAAAUUGGAUGGGAAUGUGAAAGGAGUUUUAGAAAAAUUGGUAAAGUCAAGUCUGAUAAAGUUAUCUAAGUUUGUUCAUCAAUGUUUGAAUCCUCAACUAGCUCCAGAAACAAAUCAUUCUAUUAAUAUAUUAGAUAUAAGUUUCUUAUCCGAGUCAACUCCUGACAGAUAUAUUCUCUUGAAAUGCUGGAAGGAUUUUCUCUUAGUUGCCACAAAGUUUUUUCAAGGGGAUUUGAAGAUAAGUGAAAAUAAUAAAAUUUCUAUCAUGGAAGAUAUUCUCGAGAGUUUGAAAUUUGAGUUGUUGGACACUACGAACACUAAAUCAUUAGUUCUGCUGGCUGAACUUUACCUUUUACUCUUGCAGAAAUGGAACUGUGAGACUUUUCCAACAAGGAAGAAGUGGCUUGGUUUUCUUACAGAACUGAUACAUAAUGUAGCGAUGAAUACAGAUUUGCUUCAUCCUCACAUCCAGCUGACUAUUGUCUGCAUAGCCAACACUAGCCUGAAAAAAAUGACAAAGGAUUCUGACAAUAAUGAAUUACUCAAUGAAUUCAUUCCCAGUUGGGUUACGUCUGUCUGUAUCAUGCUGAAACAUUCUACUAUAUAUGCAGAAAAAGAAAUAAUAAAGGGAGAGAUGUCACAGUACAUGCAGUUAUGCACUGCAACAAUUUGUUUGUUGAAAGAUCUCAACGAAUAUUGCCAAUUUUCAAGUAACUGUUUACGUAAUAUGCAGAAUUACGCAAUACUAAAUACAUUAGGAGGAAUACUACUGUUGGCAUUAGAAGUACACAAAGGUAUUGGCAUCAUCCAGACAGUGUUAAUUUUCUUCUUAUCAUUAGCAUCUAACAACAAAGCUGCGGAAAGUAUCUGUGCCAGUGGAAUGAUGCAAGAACUGUGUUUACUAAUCACAAAUACUUACACAACUGAUCAAGAUUCUGCUUUAAAUGUGUCUCAAAGUAUUUCCAAAGUUAAUUUAAAUUGGGUGGACAUCUAUAAUCUAGUCAUUAGAUUAAUCACAGAACUACUACAGACUCUGAAGCAUUCUUUUUUGCAACAUGCACUUAACUUUAUUGGAGUGCAUGUUGAAAGAUUAUAUUUUAGUCUUCAGUAUGUAAGACAAGCUCCUCACAGCCCCAUGUUAGAAGAAACGUUAACAACUUGCAAAGCCAUUUAUCAGAUGUCAUUUUAUCAACAAAUAUGGCAGCUGCAUCAUCCUAUUUCAUUAAAUUUAUUAUUGAAAGGCAUUAGCGAGUCUUGCCAUGUUACGGUCGCUUAUCUGAAUCGUCCAUCUUUACUCAUGUAUUUGUUAGAGCAUAGUAAAGUUCCAUCGAGUAAAGAACAAAAUAUGUUAAACAUAGCAGAUGUUCGCAGAUACAAAAGGCUAUCAUCGAUGGAAGAAGUGGAGAAAUUGUCACCACAAUUUGUUCAAGUUCAGACAAGAUUGCUGAAAUUGUUAGCAAUAAACUUGUCAAUAAUGCACAAUAUCAGCCCAAGUCUGUAUCAAGUUAUAUUUGAUCACGAUUUAGAUUUUGGAAAAUGGACGAUAUUAUUACCUAUAAAUUUUAGUAUACCAUCCAUUGAUCAAGAGAGUCAGAUGAAUUUUGGAACUGUAAUGAACUGUAUUAACAUUUGUUUACGUUCACUUACAAAGAAUGAUCCGUCAUCUUCGUCUCCAUCGCCGUCUGCAGAUCAGAUCCAUUUUGAAAAGACUUCGCAGGAAGAAAGGCGUUUACUAUUGUAUAUAUUGGAAAUCAGUUUAUCAUUGCUGUUAUCGCAAGCAGUUUUAUGCCUCGUACAUCCGAACAUUAGCAUACACGAUAAACAGUAUAUCAGGAGGGAAUUGGGCGCAGAACUGAGUUCCAUGACCCUAACCAUGAAUCGUUAUUUAAGGAAAAGCCCCCUUUCACCGGCUUCUUCUCUCGUCACAAGUAGCCAAGGGCACAUCCAGACCUCGAUUUUUGAUAGACCGCUAAUUAAAAUUCUUGGUCCUCUUGUGGAUAAAUUAUUCAAAUGAAUCACGUGUAUAUAUUUUAAACCGGUUUUUAUAAAAUUUUAUUAAAAAUAUGUCGACAAAAGUACAGUGGAUCGGUUAUAUUCUUUAACACAACGCCAAACAA